CCAUGGCGCAGCCCGCGGCGCACGGCGGCGGCGCACGGCGGCGUCGUGACGGGGCGGCGCCGCUUUACGGCAGUCGCGGAGCCCGACCGAGUCGCGCCAGGAGCGGCGACCGACGAGCGCCCGGGCCGCGGCGGUGGCGUGGCGGGAGUGCUUGUGAAACUGAACACAACAAAAGUAUGGAUAUGGGAAACCAACAUCCUGCUAUUAGUAGGCUUCAGGAAAUUCAGAAAGAAGUAAAAGGUGUAGAACAGCAAGUAAUCGGCUUCAGCGGUCUGUCAGAUGACAAGAACUACAAGAAACUGGAGCGGUUUCUAACAAAACAACUUUUUGAAAUAGACUCUGUGGAUACAGAAGGAAAAGGAGACAUUCAGCAGGCCAGAAAGAGGGCGGCACAGGAGACAGAAUGCCUUCUCAAGGAGUUGGAGCAGAAUGCAAACCACCCCCACCGGCUGGAAAUACAGAACAUCUUUAAGGAAGCCCAGGCACUGGUGAAAGAGAAGAUCGUGCCCUUUUACAACGGGGGCAACUGUGUGACUGAUGAGUUUGAGGAAGAAAUCCAGGACAUCAUCCUGAGGCUGACACAUGUGAAAACCGGAGGGAAGAUCUCCUUGCGAAAAGCGAGGUAUCACACGCUAACCAAGAUCUGUGCAGUGCAAGAGAUUAUCGAAGACUGCAUGAGGAAGCAGCCUUCCCUGCCGCUCUCGGAGGAUAUCCAUCCUUCUGUCCCCAAGAUCAACUCGGUGAUGUGUGAGGUGAACAAGGCCAGGGGCACUCUGAUUGCACUGCUGACGGGAGUGGACAGUAAUGAGACCUUCAAGCACUUGUCGUGUGUGCUUUCCGGGCUGAUUGCCGAUCUGGAUGCUUUAGAUGUGUGCGGGCAUACAGAAAUCAGAAACUACCGGAGGGAGGUCGUUGAAGACAUCAACAAAUUACUGAAGUACUUGGAUCUAGAAGAAGAAGCUGACACCACGCAUGCGUUUGACCUGAGACAGAACCAGUCCAUUCUUAAAAUAGAAAAGGUCCUCAAGAGGAUGAGAGAAAUAAAAAAUGAACUUCUCCAACCACAAAAUCCUUCUGAGUUGUACCUGAGCUCCAAAACGGAGCUGCAGGGCCUGAUUGGACAGCUGGACGAGGUGAGCGUUGAGAAAAACCCCUGCAUCCGGGAAGCCAGGAGGAGAGCAGUGAUUGAGGUGCAGACGCUGAUCACCUAUGUGGACCUGAAGGAAGCCCUGGAGAAGAGGAGGCAGUUCACCUGUGAGGAGCACCCCUCCCACAAGGCCGUCUGGAGCGUCCUGGGCCACCUGUCGGAGAUCCAGGGAGAAGUCCUCUCCUUUGACGGAAACCGGACGGACAAGAACUACAUCCGGCUGGAGGAGAUGCUAACCAAGCAGCUGCUGGCUCUGGACGCCGUGGACCCGCAGGGGGAGGAGAAGUGCAAGGCUGCCCGGAAGCAGGCUGUGAAGCUCGCCCAGAACAUCCUCAGCUACCUCGACCUGAAAUCAGACGAGUGGGAGUACUAAGCACCAGAGCUCACGCCGCUCCGGUCUUGCUUGUGUUGCACUUUAUAUAUACUUCUUUGUGUUUAUAGAGAACUUUCAGUUCAUGGAGCCUAAAUGUGAUUUAUACAUGCAUAUUUCAAUCUCAGUAUUUAUGAUUUAAGCAAAUUAUAUUCAGUAUCUGCUGCUUUUGAUGUUGCAAAACGAAUAUCAUUACAGCACGUUAUAACUUUUA